AUGGAUGCCAGACCAUCUUAUUCAUGGAGAAGUAUAAUGGAAGCUCGAUCGGUGUUACAAGCUGGUUUAUUUUGGAGGAUUGGGAAUGAUAGGUUGGUGAAGAUCUCGGAGGAUGAUUGGAUACCUAAUGUAUCAUCUCAUUCCCUAGAGAAACCGACAGAUACAAUGUUUGAAUUGGUCUCUGAUUUGAUUAACAUGCAAGACUAUACCUGGGAUAUCCCUACUGUUCAUGCUUGCUUUGAUCCUAAUAUUGCUUCCCAGGUUUUGUCUAUUCCAUUGAGCAGACGUGUGGGAUUGAUAGAGCUGCAUGAAAACUGGAUAAAGCUUUGGAAUGCUUUGUGGAGAGCCAAUGUUCCAAACAAAGUGGCCAUUUUCUGUUGGAGAGCUGCUCACAACUUGCUUCCUACUCGAACUGCAUUGACAUCUAAAGGCUAUUCAGGUGAAUUAAACUGUUGUGUUUGCUCUGAAUCCAUGGAAACUCUUGAACAUGUAUUUCAAGAAUGUAGUAUUGCCAAAGAUAUUCUGGGUGCUCCUCCAUUCUCCUUUCCAUCAUCCUCCCUCUUUUGGAAAAACCGGAAUGAUAAAUUCUGGAGGAAUCGAUCUCAAACUAGUCAGAGUUUAGUGGCAUCACCUAUGGUCUGGUAUGAGGAAUAUUUGCAGGCUAAUAAACCUCUCCAUAAGUCCAUAUCUGCUAGACAGAAUGCCAAUAAACUGUGGAUAGCCCCUACGGGAGAGACUUUGAAAUUGAAUGUGGAUGGUGCUUUUCUACCGAAUGUACAAUUUGGAGGUACAGGUGGAGUUCUCCGCAAUGCUCAAGGUCAGUUUCUUGCUGCCUUUUUGCGUUGA